UAAUUUUGAAUCGGGGGGGAAGUUUACAGUGCGCUGACGGACUUUUGCAGAGUUCGGUGUUGUGCGCUCACGCUCAAAACCUCCACUGGAAGUGCACGACUCCAGACUAGUAUACAUGCAAAUACAGCUAAGACUUCAGCUUCUCUCUGAACACAUCAGGCUUCGUUUCCUCACAAGCUUGAAUUCGCUUCUACUUGUGGCUAAAUCUCAGGAGUGAAAUGGAUGUCAUCCCUAUGUGUAGCAUCUUCCAGGAGCUCCAAAUUGUGCACGACACCGGAUACUUUUCAGCUUUACCAUCUCUGGAAGAGUAUUGGCAGCAGACAUGUCUCGAGCUGGAGAGAUACCUCCAGAGCGAGCCUUACGUCUCAGCCACAGACCUUAAAUUUGAGACCCAGGAGGACUUGUGGAGCAAGCUGCUGCUUGCCUGCGGGGACAAGUCAAAUGAGUCAGACCCAAAGAUCACCCACAUUAAGGAGGAGGAAGACAAUCAGGAUAGCCAGAACCAUGAUGCUGGUGGUUUCAACUCCGAUGCCAGCAGCGAGGCCUCGGACAGCUCGGAGGAGCUCUCCCCUACCCUCGACUUCACCUCCAGCUCUUUAACUGAUAUUCUGGCCGACAACGGCGAUGACGUGGCCUCUGGUAUCAUCAGCACACCACCGUCCUCACCUGAGCUCGGCAAGGAGGGCUCUGUAGCCCAGACAUGGAUUGGGAUACAGACAGUGAUGCACUCAACAGGGAAAAUAAGGGUUGGGGGCAUGGAGAGGAGCCUGGAAAGGUCAGGUCUGACCAGCGGGGAGGCAUCGCCUGACGGGAGGAGGCGUGUGCACAGGUGUCACUUCAACGGAUGCAGGAAGGUGUACACCAAGAGCUCGCACCUCAAAGCACACCAGCGGACACACACAGGCGAGAAGCCUUACAGGUGUUCAUGGGAAGGCUGCGAGUGGCGCUUUGCACGAAGCGAUGAACUCACCAGACACUUCAGGAAGCACACUGGAGCAAAGCCAUUUAAAUGCAGUCACUGCGACAGGUGUUUCUCCCGUUCUGACCACCUGGCGCUGCACAUGAAGAGGCACAUCUAAGAUGGUCUUCAUGUUGAGAGCUCUGAGGGAUGAUUCGGGUUGAUUGUCCUGACCUGUGGAGAUCAGCGAGGCCGGUGUGUCCUGGGAGCGUUAACAGGGGCACCGUCGUGUUCCAGUCAGUGGAAAAACAUGAAGCAACGCAGGCUAUUAUUUGCACCAUACUUAGUGCCUCCAACACCUCGCUGUGGUGAUUGCUCUUGAAAGGCUUUUAUGGAGGAGCAGGAGGGCAAAAAGAGACUCCAAAAUGGGAAAGAUCUAGGCUGGAGAAGAUGGGAAGAGACUCUUCUGUAUGGUGUUCAACGCUUUAUUCCUGGAGAAAUUUGGGACUCCAGGGGUUGGGGUGCCAUUCCUCCACUGACAGUGUGUUUGCCUGUGCGCAUGGGGACUGUGAGUGCCUGCGACUGGAUGCCUGUGCUGGCUUUAUGGAGUGGAUGGAGCUUGCAUUGUGGAACUGCGAGUGAAUGACAUAGCAAGGGUGAUGUUAUACUCGGGAGGUUUAUUUUUCUUUUUGAGGGAGGGUUAUGUGUUGUCUCUCUAAGAAUGAAUGCAAGCAAAAAGUUCUGUCUGUCAUGACUGAUUCUGUCAGCUGUGGAGAGGAGUAGGGGGGUAGUUUAGUGGGGCUGAUUGGAUAGAGAUUGCCCCCUUUCUGCCUGGAGGUGAAACUACAGCUCCCUGUCUAAAAAUGGGAGGUUGUUUUGUUUAGUGCAGCUAUUAAAUGUGCAAUGUAUUACGUAGCCUGUCUCAAAACAUACACGCUAUAAAGCUCAUUUUGUUUUCCACUGUGUAAGCUUUGUAUCUUAAAAGGAAAAAAACAAAAACAACAACAAUUGUACACAGUUAUUGCCAUUAUAUCAGAAGUUGCAUGGGAUCUGGGGAUGUGUUGCUCACCUUAUAGGACAACAAAAUUCCAUUCAAGAGCAGCUACCUUCAUAAUACUCAGUAUCAUAGUAUUGUACAAAACACAUAAGGCAGUCAUUUUGUUUUGCCAUAUUUUUUUUCUUCAUUUUCUUGAUAAGUUGGGGAUACCACUGUUAGCAAAUAUUUUGAUUGUGGGAUUUUUCUUCCUUUUUCUUCACUUUUGCUUUUCUCUUUUGUUCUGUCUGUAAAUGCACUGUUGACCUUACCGAUGCCUUAUGUAAGUGGCCUUGUCCUGUUGAAUAGAUCACUCUGUUAUACAUACACACAUACACCAAAUGACCAUUGCGAAUGCAGUUGUGCGUUAUUGAAUAGCUUUAUAAAAGGCUCUGAUCCAUACAGUUGCACCUUUUGCCCUUUUCCCUUGCGACAAACUCCUCUAAACUCUUGAAUAUUAAAACAAAAGUAACUAUAUCAGCUUCAUAAUGACUGCCAUUUACACGUCUGUGUUAAAUAUAUCAUAGAUAUUUCAGAACUAAAUCAUAGUCUUCAAAAUUAUCCAGAUCUGAGACAGAAUUGUGGAGAACUUGGAAAAGCAAUUCACUUUUAUAUUGAUUUACUACUAUGUAGUAUAAGAUUGCGUGGAUGCACUUCAGAUUAACUGUAACUUGCUGUCAAAGGUACAGAGUCUUGGAAGCACGUUCUCAUGAAAUGUUGUGUGGUCAGCCACCGAGAGUUGCAAAUCAAGAUUUACUGCAAAGGCAACAUUUACAUUGGGUCCAUUAUGUCAAGCGUAUAUUCUCAAAAGCAAAGGAUGACUCAUUUAAAGUAGGCUAAUGACCGCAUUCUCAGUCACGAGAGUGGUUUGAUAUUGGAUGUUUCGGGAAGUCUCACCUCCAAGGUGAGUCAGUGUCUUUAGUCAGUUCUAGUUUUAACAGCCCAUGAUCUGACUUAACGGUACAAAAAAUACCAGUCCAACCAGUUCAACUGAGCUGUGUUUCAGAUCUAGAGGUUUGUGCUGGUAACCUAAGGUUACAAGGACAAGCUGUCUGUACCAACUUCACUAUGUUCAUGUUUCAACAUAGGUAACAUGACUUCGUCACACUCCAAAGUGAGCUGAAACAAAAAAAUCCGAUGAGCGCACAAGUGGAGAAUCUCAUGGCCACUUUCUCCACUUGUAGAAAUAUUUUGGUGCCGUUAUAUUAUACUCAAAAAUUAUGACAGAUGGAAAAUUUUAGAAAGAGCAUUCAUUCAUUCAUUCAUUCAUCAGUUACUUAAUGUCUCACUUUGUCAACAUCACAGGUAGCCUUGUUAAAACUCAACACGUCUCCGGUGAACCUGUUGAACAUUCAUUUGUCUACAAUGUUACUUUUGUUUUUACACUGAGAAACACAAAGAUAUGUUACAUUGUAAACUACGAGAAUUUUGUAAGGAAGCUUCUAUUUUGAACAGGUGUGGGACCAAAAACAAGUGCAGUGUGUUGUUUCCAAAUGUGAACGAUAAAAGGCUGAAGAAUUAUUGUAAAAUAGAUGCACUCCAUUCUCCUUCAUUUGCUUCUGUAACAUCUUUGUUUUGAUUUUUGGGAAAAAAAUAAAGUCAGAAAAAAAAAAAAUGUACAUUUUAAAAUGACAUCAGUAUCGCCUAGACCCGUGGCCUAUCAUGUUUAAUAGAGAAAAAAAAGAAGAAAACUACUUUCAGACGUGAAUUGUUCUGGACACUUGAAUUGUAAUAAUUUUGAAUUCUGGUGUUCGCUAAGUAUUACGUUUUUUUUAUUUGCCAUGUCAUUUUUUCCCCAACUUGACCUGCAAAGAUGCCCUAUCUUCAGCUAGAGAAUCUUUAUUGGAUAAACAUGGAAAAUAUGAGGCUCUAUUUUUGUUCAUUUUAUGGCAUAAUGAAAUUUUUUCAUUUGAAAUUGUUUUGUAAAAUAGUUUCUGUAUGAAUGUAUUUUUUAUUGGAAAAUGGAUAAAAAGACUAUUGGUUCUACA